AUCCUCUAAUACGUCUUAGGUAAAUCUGCUCACACUCAGAUUGCAUAAGUUUGACUCAAGGGUCUCUUUGUUGCCCACUUCGUUCUUUUCCAAAGAAAAAUCCUUGUGCGCCUCCGUCCAGCUGUAGUUCGAUUAAUCCACCAAAAGGGUAGCCAGAAGGGAGGGGACCAAUAACCACUUGAAGAAAUGGAGACUUUAGUGUUUUUAUUUUCGUUUUCUGCCCUUGGUGUUCUUUAUGCAAUGAACACCACCCCUGAGUUUCAAGAGCCUUAUGUGAUCCUGGAGACCGGUGUCGCUGUGCUGGUAAUUGUGUUUCUCUUCUACUACCUCAUCACUCGUGGCAACCCACCUAAAGACUUCUUAUUCUUUGUUUUUGCAGAGUUUUGUUUUACAUGUGUCAUUGACCUGACCAGUGCCUUGGAAUAUGACGGCAUAAUUUCUGGCUUUAUGGAUUUCUACCAGAAGACAGGUGAGCCAUAUCUGGGGACUUCAUAUGCCAUCAUGAUGUGUUACUGGGAUGGAAUAGCACACUUUAUCCUCUACCUGAUGAUGAUCAGCAGGAUAACAGACAGGAGAGCCUAUCGUACCCUGGGCCUGUUCUGGGCCGGCUCCUUGUGCGCUAACAUGAGUGUGUUUAUUACCGGAAUAGUAGCAGGUAAAUACGGGUCGGAGGUUCGUCCAGCCUUCUGGCUCAAUUUUCUCUUUCUUUUGAUGCCCGUGCUGGGAGCCGUCACCCUGUUCACUCGGCCCAAGGACAGGCCGCUUAUCGGUGGAUACAAUGCCCAACACGUUCAGACCAUGAAGCUAAUCUGGCGUCCCUUGGACCUGAUCCUGGUGGUGCUCCUGUUGGCUGCCAUGGCUUUCACCGUCCUCAGAGGCUUGGUGGCUCUGGACUCCCCACUUGAAGCCUGCUCUGUGUACCUGAGUCAGUACGAACCCUACCUGAAGGAUCCCGUGGGCUAUCCCAAGGUGAUGGCCUUUUUCAUAGGUUUCACUCUGAGCAUGCUGGAAACUCGCCCCGAUCCCAUCUGCUGGCUGAGCUGGCACCUGAACACGAGGCCAUUUUUCAUCAUUAAAGCCCAGAUGAAGAAGGGUCCAAAGGCCAACGCAUCAUUGUCGCUCUUUCAUUUACUUAAGAUGGAUAACAGAUUAUACUCUGACUGGCAGUUGGUCCCCUUUCGGGCUUGCUUUUCUUCCUCUGACCCCUCGCUCAUUUGGGUUCUGUUUGUUUUGUUUAGUGAGCGCUGUUUUGUCAAUAGGUUAUCCAAAGACAUUGCUGCAGCUGCAGUUCGGGCACAAUUGCAAUCAUUGAUCAAACCGCACGGCGGGGACUUGAUAAGCUAAUCCCCCCCCCUUUCCAAAGC